AUGACUCGCGCUUCGCGGAAAGUGCAGCACUCAUUGACGACUCGACAUUGGAGCGACUUGGUCGCGAGAGACCGGCGUUCUUUACCGGUGCAUUUCCGGAAAUCGGAUUUUGCUUUUCGAUUGUCAUGUCGCAGAUUCUUGCAGUACGUUGUACUGAUUAUUUCGUUUUGGAACCUACUAAUUGGUGUACAGGAGUACUACAUCUCCGGCUCGAAUGUCCUCCUUCCCGCGCUGAUUGAGGAACUCGACUUCCCACCAGCCUCAGCAAUAUGGCCGUCCACAUCACUCUCGCUAGCCGUCACCUCGACGCUUCUUAUCUUCGGCCGGCUGACUGACAUGUUUGGUGGUUACGCCGUGUACAUCGGCGGCGCCGCAUGGCUAACAAUAUCAUCGAUCCUCUGCGGCAUCUCACAAUCAUGGCUCAUGCUCGUCGUAUUCCGCGCCCUCCAAGGUCUAGGCCUCGCGGCAUUUCUGCCGUCCGGCGUGAUGGUCCUAGGUAAAACUUAUCGCCCAGGUCCGCGAAAGAACUUCGUCUUUAGUCUCUACGGCGCAUGCGCAGCGCUCGGCUUCUUCGUUGGGAUUUUUUUCUCCGGGCUAUGCAGCCAGUACCUGACUUGGAGGUGGUACUUCUUCAUCGGCGCGAUUCUCUCCGCCAUUACAACGCUAUCGUCGAUUUUCUUUGUCCCGCGCGACUAUAAGGAGACGAGAAAGCAAGGUGCGCAGAUGGAUUGGGCUGGAUGUACCUUGUCCGUAUCCGGUACUGUGCUUUUCGUCUUCGCCAUCGCCUACAGCUCGUACGCGCCCGAAGGAUGGAGAACUCCAUAUAUACCUGUCUGCUUCAUCCUUGGUGCUCUUCUUAUAAUCGCCAUGGUUUAUGUGGAAGGCUGGGUUGCCAAGAACCCCCUCCUUCCCGGUGACAUUUUCGCCGUGAAAUACAUGAAGCCCCUGGCAAUUGCGCUCCUCUUCCUUUAUGGCAGCCUUGGGGUUUUCUUUCUCUACGCCGUGCUAUACAUGUCCGAAUUCAUGGGCGCAACCCCCUUCCAAAUGGUCGCCUGGAGCGUCCCCAUGGCGCUAGGCGGCCUAAUCAUCUGCUGCAUCGGCGGGUUGAUCUUCCACCGCGUCUCCGGCACAAUCCUUCUAAUAAUCUCAUCGCUGGGCUACAUCGGCUCCGGCCUCUUCUUCGCCGUCGCCCCGCAAGGGGCCAACUACUGGGCGUUCGUCUUCCCCGCAAUGAUUUGUGGCACGAUCGGCAUCGACAUUAGUUUCAACCUCGCGAACAUAUUCAUUACAACGAACAUGCCCAAAUCGAAACAGGGCCUCGCGGGCGCGUUGAUUAAUUGCACGCUGCAUUUGGGAAUCGCGGUUAUGCUGGGCUUUGCGGAUAUCGUGCAUAUUGAGACGAUGGAGUAUGCCGGGAUGAGGGGAAGUUAUAAGGCGGUGUUUUGGUUUGAGGUUGGCCUUGCGGUCGUCGGAUUGCUUGUUGUUGCUGGCUUUGUGAGGGUUAAGGAGGCGAGGAGUGAGCUCACCGUUGAUGAGAGGGAGGCAUUGGCUCGGGAGGCGGUUUUGAGGCAACACUCGGCGCAGGCUUAG